CAACACCCACCCGGCACUCAACGAUGCAUAAGUGGGUUUUGGGUUGCAGUUUGGGCACUCGGUCUCUAAAAGGUUCGCCAUCACUGUGCUAGACCUUCAGCACUUGUGAAUGCAGGCAGCCCUCCAUCCUAUUCCUAAGACUACUUCCAUUGGUGGAUGCCCAACCAGGGCGAACUUGAAGAAGCAAGAUUGUCCCUAUUGCAGAUGGAUGCAGGUCUUCCAUCCUUGCCCUAGGGCCCACCAAGAUGGCUUCUAUGCAUCUCCUGCAGGUCUCUUGUUCCCCCAUUUGCGGGGGAUGGAAAGGUGCCCUUGGCAAGAUCAAAGCCUUCUCUUCCCUCUGGGCUCCGCCCCCUCUUCUUUAGCCACGCCCCCUCGCUCUUGAAGGGAACGCCUAGUCAGAGGAGGAGGGUGGGGCAGCGCCCCUCGCCCAGGCGAGACUUUUGGGCUCCGCCGCGCUCUCAUUGGCUACUUUUAGCCCCAGCCCACCAGCACGUCCAGGCGGCUCGUCCAAUCGCAAGCCUCGAGAUUCUCCGCAUUUUUUCCCCAGCCCGCUGAGAGCGAACCCCUUUUUUUCUUGUUAAUACUUUUGGCCUUUCCCGGCUGCCGUCCGGACCUAGCGCGAAUCCUCUCUGGCCGGGGAAGCACCGAAGGAGCGCAGCUGGCGCGCAGAAAGAACGGUGCACCGGGAAAGGGGGGAGGGGGCCCGCCGGCUCCCUUCCUCCGCAGCCGCGAUGUCCGCCCUCAGCUGGAAGCCGUUCGUCUACGGUGGACUGGCCUCGCUCGUGGCCGAAUUCGGCACCUUCCCUGUGGAUCUCACCAAAACACGACUUCAAGUGCAAGGACAAAGCAUUGAUUCCCGUUUCCGAGAGAUCAGAUACCGGGGCAUGUUCCAUGCCUUGUUCCGCAUCUCCAGAGAAGAAGGCAUUCUAGCAUUAUACUCUGGCAUUGCACCAGCUUUAUUAAGACAAGCAUCUUACGGCACGAUCAAGAUUGGUAUAUAUCAGAGUUUGAAACGACUUUUUGUGGACCGUUUAGAAGAUGAAACGUUAUUGAUCAAUGUCAUCUGCGGGGUGAUUUCAGGCGUCAUCUCCUCUGCUCUGGCUAAUCCAACAGAUGUACUAAAGAUUCGAAUGCAAGCUCAGGGCAGCCUGUUCCAAGGAGGCAUGAUUGGAAGCUUCAUAGACAUCUACCAGCAAGAAGGCACGCGGGGCCUCUGGAGGGGUGUGGUUCCCACUGCUCAGCGAGCUGCUAUUGUGGUAGGAGUUGAGUUACCAGUCUAUGACAUCACCAAGAAACACUUAAUACUUUCAGGACUCAUGGGGGACACAAUCCUCACACAUUUUAUCUCCAGUUUUACCUGUGGACUGGCUGGUGCCAUAGCUUCCAACCCCGUGGAUGUGGUUCGAACUCGCAUGAUGAAUCAGCGGGCCAUCGUGGGAAGCGUGGAGCUCUAUAGGGGAACAAUGGAUGGCCUGCUAAAGACUUGGAAAAGCGAGGGCUUCUUUGCACUUUACAAAGGCUUCUGGCCAAAUUGGUUGAGACUUGGCCCCUGGAAUAUCAUUUUUUUUAUCACCUACGAGCAGCUGAAGAGGCUCCCUUUCUAAGGUGCCCAUUUGGAUUGGCAACCCAGCUGUCCUUCCUGCUCCUCUCCAUUUCUGCAUCUUCACGUAUUUCUUUUUCUUUUCUUUUCUUUUUGUCUACAUGGACUUUGUUUUACCCUCCAGGUGCUGAGUGCCCAGUAUUGGGAGGGUGGCUUCAGGGGAGGGGGAGAAUGGGUCCACAAAUGCAGUAUUCAGUGCCCAGUGCAUGUGCUUUCCCCCAAGGAAGACGGUGGAACGUGGAGGGAGAGCACUUAUGUCUGUGUUUGUAUCUUCCAUGAAGAGCGUUUGAGUCAGAAAUCCUUUUCACUGACAUGUGGCUUUUGCAGCAGGCAAUCCCUCUCCCUUUGGCUAAUGCCAAAGGGAGAAAUAUGGGGGCUGCUGCAGUCCUUCUUCCAGUGUCAUAUAACCCUAUUAAAACUAUUUAUUGGAAUCGAA